UCUAUCCCAGGCCGUGCAGCAGUGUGACUUCAUAUCAGUGGAUGGGGAGUUCACAGGUAUUGAGAGCGGUCAUUCAAGCAGCCCCUUUGACACACCAGAAGAGAGGUACCAAAAGAUCAGAAAGGGAGUUACAGACUUCCUAAUGUUACAGGUUGGACUCUGCACCUUCAAAUUUGAUAGGUCCAAAAACAGGUAUGAAGUGAAACCGUUCAACUUCAAUGUGUUCCCUAAACCUAUGUUCAAACAAGCACCAGACACUCGAUUCCUUUGUCAGAGCUCAAGCAUUGAUUUCCUGGCAUCUCAUGGGUUUGAUUUCAACAAAGCAUUCAAAGAAGGUAUUCCCUACCUGAGCCCCACUCAUGAGCAGACAUUACGAGAUAACCUGAAGUGGCGACACCAGCAGGCAGCACAAUUGUCCUCCCCUGCCUUCACAACUCCAGAUGGUCAAGACCCAGUCAUCAAAGGUCCCAUCACAAUUCCUGCAGAACAUGAGGAGUUCUUGUCUAACACAUGCUCACAGAUUUCCAAGUUUCUGGAUGAGACAAGUGAUGAGACGACAGAGCUGCCAGCUUGCUCAGGUUACCAGAGAAAACUCAUUUACCAAGUGGCUAAAACAAAAUUUACUUCUGGAAUUCACUUGGAAACAAAAACAGCCGUUGACAAGAGACGCUAUAUCUUAGUGACAAGAGUGAAGGGUGAAGAAGAUAUCAAAAGGAUGGCAGAGGCUAAAAACUCGGCAGAAUUGGCAGAGCUGGAGCAAGCUGUUGGUUUCUCUAAAGCCAUGAGGAUAGUAUCUCAGUCUGGGAAGUUGUUGAUUGGGCAUAACAUGAUGCUGGAUCUUGUUCAUUUACUUCAUCAGUUUUAUUCACCAUUACCAGAGGACUUUACAGAAUUUAAGUCCCUAACAAGGUCUGUGUUUCCAAAGUUGUUGGAUACAAAACUGAUGGCUUCUACACACCCAUUCAAGGACAAGCUGUUGACAACCACUCUGGGGGACCUACGCAAGGCUUUGGAGAACCAUCCCUUUUCUAAACCAGAAAUUACCACUCCCCCUGGGUUUGACAUGUACAUGUGUGCCACCAGUAAAGAGCAGUUACAUGAGGCAGGGUAUGACGCCUUCAUCACAGGGCUCUGCUUCAUCUCAAUGUCGAACUUUUUAGGUACAUUCCAGGAUCCGCCAAAGUCUCAUGUCCCUCCCACAUCACACCUGAUUGACCCCUUCAUCAACAAAUUGUUCCUGAUGCGUGUUGUGGACAUCCCCUACAUGAACCUAGCCGGUCCAGAUUUGGAGCCUAACAGAGACCAUGUGUUCCAUGUGUCUUUCCCAAAGGAAUGGAAAGGAUCAGAUAUCUUUCAACUCUUCUCUCCUUUUGGUAACAUCCAGAUAUCCUGGAUAAAUGAGACAUCAGCUUUUGUGUCUCUGGUAAAGAAACACCAGGCAGAAUCGGUUUUAGAGCAGCUCAGUCACGGAGACACAUACACUAUCGUUACUUAUGAAACCUUUCAUAAGGGGACUAAAGAGGGAGAUGCCUCUACAAGGAAAAGAACUGUGCCCAAUGCUGACAUACCCAUCCCUGGCAAGAAACGCAAAUCCCUGGGUUCAGAGGUACCUUCCUAUUCCCCUCGUUCCAUCACCCCCAUACCAGAGGAGGAAGAAGAGGGUAACAAACAAAACGAGAACACAGCCAAAGCAGAAACUGGUUCAAACAAUGAAGCAUCUGACCCCAAGAAGCCCAAGCUCUUCACGGAGCCAGAAACCUGGUGACGCCUUGAAACAAAUCUUGACAUCACAACAACUGUGGUCAUGAAAUUUUGUGAUCAAGCAUCACCAUCCAAGAAAUAUUUAGCCGGUCAAGGAACAGAUUGCAGAUUAAAAACUUCCUUUAUGUAACAUGAAAGUGCUUUUAUAGUGUACCUGUAAACUGUGAUUGUGAAGAUAAAUGAGGUUUCUACAUCAUUCGCAGGUUUCUCCAGGUUCUGAAUUAAGGUAAACAGCAUCAAUUGUAGGACUAAUUGCAUAAAGAAAACAAAGGCAACAUACAGCAUGACACAUGUGAGAAUGUCUUUAUUGGAAAUUUCAAAGACCAUAAAAUUGGAUUGUAAGCGCUACCAAUAAUUUUUUUGCAUUACAAUUUGUUAACCAAUGGAUAGAUCCACGGAUAUUAAAGACGGUCUAAACGUCACAUAAGAUAACAUUUAUGAAAAUUGAAGGGGAGAAAAGUGACUACCUGUUUCCCCAGAUCACAGGGAGAAAUUGUAAUCACCAGGUGUUUACUCACAGUUUCAUGGUACCCAGCUGAGUAAGGAGGCAGCAGUUAUGCACUGUUCCAAGCAGCUGGGUAAUGAAGCAGUGACCACACAUUACCAAACUGCUCGGUAAUGAAGCUAUGACCAUGCACCAUAUCAAACAGCCAGGUAAUAGCCAACAAAUCACACACAUUACCAAGCACGUGGGUAAUGAAGCAAUGACCACACAUAUUACCAAGCAGCUGGGUAAUGAAACCAUGGCAACACGCCUUACCUUAACUGGACAAAACACAACCCACCAAACAAAAACGCAAUUGAGACACAAAUGUGCUGUUCUGAAACCACCACAGCAUAAAAAACUCUUACCCACUGACUUUGCCUUAUUGUUCUGCUGUGUACACAAUAAACAGGUCAUAGGGAGUGUGCAGUUACUUUCAGAAAAAGUGUGGAAUAAAUGCAUCAUAACCACCAGGUAAAUGUUCAAAAAUAUGAAAAUUAUGUGUGCUAACAUACUCUGGAGAUUUCAUGAUAUCCAGGCUAACCCUACAUCAUAUGUUACACGGAUCUGGAUUGGAUAAAAGUACAUCAAGGAUAAAUUUAGAUCCAAGUAUUGUUACAAUGUAAAAUGUCUAGGGUGGAAAAAGAUUAAGGGAGUGGGGGGGGGGUACUCCUUAGGUCAGGUGAGGGCCUUGACGUAGUGUCACCAUCGUGCAGGCAAAGUUUUGGCAGUGUCCACAUCCUCUAUUGAGACGCAGAACACUGACAUUAAAUUGAGCAAUAUUUACUGUGAAAGCUCACCCAGUCGUUAAGGAGCAAACUCAACCAGCCUGCCUUUGCUCAAAGCUCUUUGUAUUGAUGUACAAACCAAUUAAAAUACACUAAUUUUACAUGUAAAUUAUAUGCAAUCCUACAAAGCCUGGUGCUCCAUCUAAUGUCACCAAUAAAAAUUCAAACAAUCAUGCUAAAACCUUGAUAGUUCAUAAAUAUCAAACAGUGGCAGAAAUAUUGGCAAAGGGUACUACAUUUAGUUGUUCGAAAUUAAUACUUGAACUGAAAAAUCCACACAGAUGACUUGGUGUAUCAACUUGUGUCUAAACAUCUCAGAAAUUAUGCAUGGAGGUGAGAAAAAGCAUUCCCAGAAUUCAGGAUAAAGUGUAAAUAUAAUUAUGCAGAAAUAAAUAGCAAAUACUACAUAGAAUUUUAAUAUGUAAUUUUG